AUGUUCGCCUCCUCAGCAGCCUUGCUCGCCUUUGCCACACUCGCAUGCGCCGGAUCAACGUACACCGUCGCCGUUGGUAUCGAUGAGACGACAGGCAUGCCCGGCACAGGUUUCGACCCAAAUGAUCGAUCAAUCAGUUCGCGCAUCUUGCCUCAGGUCGGUGAUACAGUCGUCUUCACUUGGGCUCCUGCUUCAGAAGAGAUCUCGCGCUCGCUCGCAUCAGGCUUCCAGUCGGCGGAGUACUCAGUCACUCAGACGAGUUUCGAUCAGCCCUGCACAUCCGUGACCGGCUGGGAUUCAGGCGUACACAAUACUACCCUCUUUGGAGCCCAGAACGCUCACAAUUACACGAUCAUCAUUCCCAACAUGCAACCCUAUUGGUUUGCUUCCACCAAUGGCAACACGUGUCAGCAAGGAGCCGUCUUCUCGAUCAACAGCAAUGUUUCCGAUCCCCAGACAGACCCUUUCGACUUUGCUAAACGCGCCCGUCACGCCCAAGCCUUGGCAGCCGUCACGACCCUGACGUCAGACAGUGCCUCGUCGACCAGUACCGCAAUGACCUUGGCUAGCAUCACGAGCGCAACCGUCACGCAUACUCCCAUCAUCUCUGGCCAGACGAGCGACAUGAGCACCACAAGAUGGUCAGGUCGUGGCGCAGUCAUCGUCCCCACUGCCUGCGUACUCGGCGUUCUUCUCGUUCUGGGGUUUAUCAAUGCGCUCUAA